AUGGCGUCAUCCCUCACACCAGCUUACAUACGUAUAGCUGGUCCUUCCACCUCUCAUAUGACCUUCGAAAACACAACCAUAUCGAUCGAUGAUAUCAACGAGCCCAAAAAGCUGAGCCUAACAAAACUAUUUAGGGAAGACGAUUCUGGCCACAAAAGCCUUCAGUUUGCAGUCACGCAUAACCAAUGGGAGAAAUUCGUGCACUGGGCAAAAAAUACUGGCUUUGAUCUUGUGUUCGCCUUAAACAACGAUGAGAAGACCAGCUCGGGCAUGUGGGACCCUAACACUGCCUUGAAAAUACUGACUGUUGCUGACAAGGCGAAUAUCGGGGAGAUUUUCUGGCAACUAGGCUAUGUUGAUCUUCAUCAUUGUUCACCAGAAUGUUCAAACCAAUCCAUAGAGGAAUAUCUGAAUGACUUGGAAACUCUAAGAGUUAUUAUCGAGACCUUUCCCCCCGGGAAGGCGGGCGACUGGCAAGUGGUGGGGGGUGACGUCACGCACUGCUUACACGAGGACUCAAAGAGUGACUUCAAGGAUUACGUCACUUUAUCAAAUGAUAUGAUGGACGCCAUAUUACUUAAUGGAAAUUCAUCCUCGCAAGAGUUAGAACGUAUGUCAGAUAAAGACAGAAUGAAACUGCUCACCGUGCUCAGCCGCAGCGACACGCCGCUGUGGCUGACGGAGCACACGCGCGCGGGCGCGGAGCUCGAGCGGGCCGCUGACUGGAUCACCAGCUUGGGAUACUCAGCGAGAAACGGAUUUUCUGUACACUAUAGAGAACUGAUGGAGAAGGAGCUGUAUGAACCGACUUUGAGUUUUUAUAUGGCGUUACUCUUCAAAAAUCUAGUCGGAGAAAAAGUUCUUAAUGUUGAUAUUGAUUCCUCUCAAUCUAUAAUAUUCGCACACUGCACCUCUCUAAGACAUAAACCAGUAUCCGGUGCUAUAACGUUAUAUGGUGUGAACAUGGAUGAAGAGCCGGCGAGAUUUUCAAUUAAAUUGAGCAAGAAAGAAGAAGGUGGUGAUAUCAUGCAGUUUAUUUUGGGACAUGAUCAUAGCGGCAAUAUCGUAGUAAAUAACCGCGCUAUGUAUUAUGAAGGUGACAUUCGUCCAGUCGUUAAACGAGUUCGUCCAUACAAAACUCUACUUCUGAAUUUACCUCCAAAAUCCUUUGGCUUUUGGGUUCUCGCCAACACACAAGUUGAAGCUUGCUUCGAAGACAGCGAAAGUAAACAAGAAAGUAUAUUAAAAAAUAAACACAAUAAGGCUGAAAGUAAUUUUAUCAAAACUAAACGUUCACUGGAUGUAAGUAAUGAUUUUGAUUUAUCGGAAGAACUAUCUGUAGAUUAUGACAUAAUAAAAGACAAAGCUCUUAAAGAAAGAGUUGAUAGCAUUAACAAGGAUUUAAGAAAUAUCCGAAGAAUAUUUAGAACUAAUUCUGAAAAUAAUAAUAACUUGAAUCGAGUUAGGCGUGAUGCAUAUGAAAAAAAUAAAUGGACUAAGCAUUUAAGAAGAAAUAAUGUGAAAUCCUACAAUAAUGAUGAAAAUGACGGCAAUAUAUUUAGCAGACUAUCAGGAAUUACUAAAAGUCAUCUAUCAACUAUAAAAAGUAGUAUAGCAUCCCUAACACAGGAUAAAUCUAAAAGACCUAGAAAUUUUAAAAGAAAUUUAAAAUUAAAAUCCAAAAGAAAUUCAAAAGCCAUUGAUUUAUCUAAAUCAAAAGAUGCCGAAAUGAAAAUGUUAAAUAACAAUGUACUUAAGACAGAAAAAAGUGAUGAACACCGUGACAAGUCAAUUAGAAAGCGUAGAAGUAUCACAGACAGACAAAUUUUAAAAAAAUAUGAAGAUGAAUCAUCAGAAAACGAAAUAAAUGAAGAUAGUAAAGAAUCAUUUAAACUUGGUAAAAUUUUACACAAAUUGGAGAAAAUAAGCGAAAUGCCUUUAGAGAUACAAGACAAAGACACAGAUUAUGAAGAAGAUGAAUCAGAAGAAGGUAUUGUGCUAAAAACUAAGUUAUCAGACGACAGCGCCACAAUAGAUAUAGUUGAAAAGUCUCAUUCGGGUUUACUUAAGUCCACUUUACAAGAUAUCUUGUCAUUAUUGUCUGAUUUGAAUAAAAAUGUUAAUAAAUUUUGGUCCGCUAUUACAAUUUUAGAG